UAAGAAAUAAUAUUUUUAAAGUUAAAAAUAGCUAUUUGAUUUCACAUCGAAUCCACCUUUAUGCUUUUGUAAGAGUUUAAACCUCAUUUAGCAACAAAGAUAGAGAAUUAAGGUUUUAUCGUUCGCUCUUCGCAAGUCUGGGAACAAAAAGAGUCAAGUUAUUGUAUUUUGUGAAGUUUGAGCUGGCAGACCAAGCGGACUGUGGUUGUCGUCCAAAUUUUCAAAAAUGUCUUCUUUUGUGGCCAAAGUGCUAGAGCAUGCUGGUCAAAUGGAGAAGAAGGCCGUCCAUGUCCAGCUGGACGUGCUGCUGGAUAAGCUCAGUGGCUUGGAGGUGGAAGUACACCAGCUGGUGGAGAAUAAGUACAGUCGAUUCUUGCCCACCCUCAAUGCUGCUGAAGAUCUCUCGCACACAGUACAUCAGGUGCACUCAGACCUAGCGUCAGUGGAAAGUAAAAUUAACAGCGAGAUCAAAGGUCAACUGUCGGUGUCCACCGGGGAGUUCCAGUCACUGAACCAGCAGCUGACCGAGGCCAAGACCAAACUGGCAGCUCUCAACUAUCUGGUCGAGAUUCAGGAUCUACUUCAGAACUUCUCGGCGGCGGUGUCCACCAAGCGCUACAGUGAGGCGGCGGUGGCUGUGCGCCAGCUGGAGGUCCUGUUGCAGCAGCCGCUGAGUGAGCAUGAUGACCAGAUCUCCAUCCUAAAAGAAAUGCGUGUGGAACUCACGAUCCUGAAGGAGACUUUGCACCGUGCGCUGACAGACGCCUGGACGGAUUCUGUGCGGUGGAACGUCCAGGGAGGAAAACUGUCAUCAUCGCAAGUCGGCAGGGACGUAGUGGGCAAGACAGAGGAAGUCUGUCUGGCGGUCAGCUGUGUGGGGGAGGGGGCCCAGGUGUUGGCCGAGACUGUGGAAGGGCUGUACAUGACCCAGAGCCUGGCCGGCAAAAUGAAGACUUUCACUGAGCACGUGCAGGCGCAAAUGUUCCCUUACAUUUUAGAGCGGUCAGAUUUUGUCAUUGACCUCAAGCCUUCCUCGUCUGUGCAGACCCUGAAGAUCUCUGUACCCGAUAAGUCAGGCAGUGGAGGCAACAGCAAAAAUCGCAAGCCAGCCGGUAACGAGGAUGAGGUGCACUAUAGGACAGUGUUCUCCAAUGUGCUCGCUCUGUUAGAGCACCUGCACAAAAUGUUCCUACACCUUGGUUUUGGGUGGCAGGCUGCGCAUGAGACAUCGUUAUCUUCUUCCCUGUCCCCAUCAGUCACGAGAGAUGCUUCUGAAAUGGAGACAGAGUCUUCGCAAGUUGCCACGGUGACAGGGAAGGGGACGUUGAUGUCACUGCUGGGACAGGAAGUGAGUCCCUGGCUGCUGGAUCAGCUGUGCCGGACGGUGAUAGCGAAGGCGGUGCCCAGCAGUGCUAAGGACUUGGAGGGCUUCAAUGAGGUGAUCACCUCCACCGGCUUGCUGCAGAACAAGCUCAUUGAACUCGGUUUCAUCCAGCCCGACAACAAGACACUGCCAGACUAUGUGCAGAACGUGAACGCAUUGUUCGCCAGCAAGAAGUGCCAGACGCUGCUGGAAGAGGCCAGGGAGCUGAUGACUGCCAGUCUACACGAUUCCGUGGCCCUGCCCGAGGACAAACCGGUGGGAGAGUGGCCUCCCUUGCUGCCGGGCGGUGUCAAGAAGAGCAAACGUAUGGAGGCUGCCGGCGGGGAGCUGAGCGAGAACACUUUGCGUCUGCCCAAGUGUAGGAUCAGCACGACAGUGGAGUGCCUGGUGCGAACGGCGUACGAGACGCUACAGGAAGCCACCGAGAGCUCCCCAGAGUGUGCCACACAGAUGUACUACGCCGUGCGCGGCCUGUUUGAGAUCUUCUGUCUGGUGGUACCCAAACACCACAGUCAGAGUCUGGAGACUUUCCCGCAGGUGGCAGCCCUCCACCACAACAACUGCAUGUACGUGGCCCACCACUUUCUGACCCUUGCCCACCAGUUCGCCCCACGACUGCCCGCCACCAUAGUGCCCACCUUCGUGGAUCUGAUUCACCCGAUCAGACAGAGUGGUUGUGAGGCCUUUCGGCGCCAGCUCUCUCACCAGAGGGCACUCCUGUUAGAGUCAUUAGAUGGAGCUGAAGGUUUCGCCAAUGUGGAGGAGGCGGCCAAUAGGGAGCAGAGCGAGCGAGCCAUCAAGCAGGUGUUGUUGCAGCUAGAGCACUUACAGAAAGUCUGGAAACCUGUGCUGCCCAUCGAUGUCUACAAGAAGUCUAUGGGCAAGCUGACUAGCGCGGUAGUGGAGCGGAUCACCGACUGCGUCUCUCUGCUGGAGGACAUCGCGCAGGAAGCUGGCCAGGUCCUCCUGGCACUUCUCAGCCCGCUGGAGGAAGAGGCUGGCCGCUUUCUCACGUCCCCAGGCGAGGUUCCCGCCGCGGAACUCCUACGCUUUGUGCCAGGUUGGCCGCGCCUCUCGGAGCUGAAGGUGGUGCUGGAGGCGAGUCUUCAGGAUAUCUCAGACCGCUGGGCGGAGGGGAAGGGCCCGCUGGCUCUGGCUUACUCUCCCAACGAGGUCAAACAGAUGAUCAGGGCGUUGUUUCAGAAUACCAGUAGGAGGUCGGCUGUGUUGGCUUCUAUUAGGUGAUGUGCUGCUCACAGCGAUGGAGUGGGGGGUGGGGGGUUAUUUGGCAGAACAGUGUACGGCUGUGAGUGAUUGGGGGAAGGGUUGGUGUGGAUGUGAGAGGGGAAGAGUUGUUGCGGACGUGGGGGGGGGGGGCACACUUGGGUGACUGACAGUAGAGUUGUGGUGGUGGUUGGGAGUUGAGGGAAACAGACUUCAUCAGAUUCUGAUGAUGUGGUGUACUGAGUGUUACUGAGAAUGGUUUUGAUAUUUGAUAUGUAGAAAGUUGAACAAUGGACUCAAUCCUGAGAUGAUGGAGACCCUUUUUAGUUAGGAAGAAUGGAAAACCUAUCAAAGUGCAGUAUCUUCGUAAAGUUUUAGCACAUUACACCCUUAGGGUCUGAACGGGAAGUCUAUUCCCAAACUCUAUGCAAGGGGAGGUAAAUCACCUCCCAUGAGUACACAUACAGUAUAAUCUGCUUCUAUGGACAUGCUUUGGGAAGUGGAUUUGAUGUCGAUAUAAUAUAUAAAAAUGUCGAUAAAGGAAAAUAUAAAGCUAAGAAGGAAAAAACAAGGAGAGGUCAGGGGGUAAAAAGACAACACUACUUUUUUAAGCUCGUUGCUUCCCUUGAUUCUUACACAACUAACUGCACAAAGAAACUAACAAUAGACAGUGGGGGGGGGGGCAGUUACAGUACCAAAGAUGAGGCGCAUGCUACACACCAGCGCAAACUUUGUUGCAGCAACCUUGUAAGGCCUGUUUGUGGCCGCUUGCUGGGUAAAAUGGAAAGGCGAGACACUGACUCACUGACUGGCAUUUGCCAGCGACAGACUGAGAAUGGGAUGGGGAAAAGGAAUGAGCAAUUGGGAGUGGGGGUAGGGAGGUGAUGCACAGCGCGGGAGAUGCUGGCGUCUGUGAGGCACUGUACUGUGUUGGAGACUACACUGUGUAGGCCCUACAUGACCUACUAAAGCCUGGUGUGUCGAAUAGGCUACUUAAUGAAGAACUAAUGUGUUGACCGUCAGCGUGGCUUUUUCCCCUCAUUUAUGUACGUGGGCAUCACCAGAUACUCAGGAAACAUGUCCAUAAAGCAGAGUGGGCCGAAAAAAAGUCGAUAUAAAAGAAAUUGUUUAGUGAAGAUAUUGAAGAAAAAAAUUUGGUAAUUGGAAAAUAUGUCGAUAUGUCAAAAUGUCGGUACAUCAGCUGUCGAUAUAAGUGGAUUAUACUGUAUUUUAACCACUGUCUUACCUGAGAAAAUUGUAAAGAUUGUAUCUUUUAUCUUCCCAGCGUAAGGGGAAUGACUCUGAAUUCUUGAUGCGCUGCUUGUAUCUAAAAAUUCAUAACCCAAUUACCAUGCUUUCAAUUCUUUUGAAAUAAAAGAAUAUUGAAGAGAAA